CUUUCAGUCUUUUAAAGUUGGAAGAAAUAACCACCUGCUUAAGGGCUCAUAGGAAUGAUUCAGUAAAGAAGGGGGAAGUUUUGUUGGGGGAGGGGGUGGUUUCUGGAGCAAGGACAUCAAAGCCUGUGUCCCGCCCCCCAAGCUCUGCACCCUGGUUCAGACCUGAGUCUGCUGUGGGGCAUUGGGGGUCAUGGGUGCUUUUCCUGAUUCAUAGAAUGGCACCCCAGAGGCCAGUGGUGGCCCUGGGUGCUGUCCUUGGGGAGGCAAGAUGGGAUGGCCCCCAGAGUUCAGGGGAGGGUCAGGCUGGGAAUGGGACUGCACGGGAUGGGGGGAAGGGCUAGGGGGCUAUGGCCUGGAAGCUGGCUGGUUACAGGAACACACGGCAUUUCUCUUCUGAUCGCCCUAUUUUGUGAGUGCAACAGAAAGAAAAGUCUGCUGGAGGGGGUGAGGGGAGAAGAGGUGGUGGCAGGGGUUUGAGGACAGAGGAGAAAGUGUGAAUUGGCGUCUAGGAGGGAGGAGGAAGAGAACUAGACUCUGAUUCUCUGCAGCCUUUGCCCCCACUUGGGAUGGAAGGUGGUCAUUUGGAGUGAGCUCGUCUCUGCAGCAGUAGGGUGAAAACCACUAAUCAGCAUGGUGUGGAGAGAGGAGGGGUGUGGGGCCAGGGUGAGGGUGUGCCAAGGGGUGCUUAUAUGCCAGAUGGUUAAACUGUGGAAGGAGACGUGAGACAGCAAGCAGCGAGGGACAGUCAGAGGGUGGCAGGGCCAGAGAACGGGGGGAAGAAACCACCGCGUCGGGUACUGGAGGAUGGGGGUGGGCUCUGGAACUGAAGUUAUGGAGUGGGUGCCAUUAGUUAGGAUGACCAAGCCUGGGGGCACCAUGGGAGCAGGUGGCUGAGGUGGGACAAAGGGUAAGAUGGUGGGAAAGGAAGAGAGAUCAAGGACUCCGCACACCAGGAGUGAGAGGUGUCAGUCGUGUGGAUGGUGAGAUCGCCAAGAACUGUGGUGUGUGUUGGAGACUGCAACAGAGAGUCAGAGCUAAAACGUUCAAGGAACAAGGGGACAGGGCCUGGACUGGUUUCGGGGCCUGCCUGGAGCUUCGGGCUGGAGUGUUCUGGAGAGGGGAGAAGGCAGAAAGUGGGGCCAGGAAGCAAAGAGGGCCCCCUCUCCCAGCCCAGUGGUCUGAGAGAGCCCCCACCUGAGAGGGCUGCCUGGGAAGCAGGGGCCACAGAGAGUUCUGUGGUCGGUGUUAGAAGGAGCAGGUGCUGGAGGACAUGAGACAUUUUCAAAGGAAAGGGGAUGGUAUGGGGGCCUGACCAGGACAGCUGGUGUUGGGCCCCAGGGCAACCAAGGGGUGCUGGUGAAGGGUGCGGUGUGGACCAGGGCUGGGGUGUGGCCUGGUGGGAGCUGGGCAUCCUGUCCUUGCCCUUCAGAACCCAUCUGAUCAAACAGGCCAGACUGUUGGCUGUCGUGUGGACCAAGGACGCUGUCGCCUUGGCUUUGCCCUGGAGCCCAUGGAGCUGAGACCUGAUGCCAGGCACAAGGAGAAUGUGCCCCCCAGGCCUGUGACACCCCUGAGGCCAGAGCAGCAGAGAUUCCUGAAGAGCCGAGGUGUCGGCCUGGGCCGUGGGCAUGGCCGGUGGGUGCGCGCAUGCCAGGCGCAGAGUGAAGGGCCUGCCGCUGCACCCUCCCCAGGGGCCGUGCUGCACCAGGAGCCUUGCCGAGGAGUCCAGACCAACCUGGCUGGCCUGAGCCCUGGCCUGAGUGUUGUCCUGAAGGACACGACCGGCCGGCUGAUGAACUCAAGCUUGCAACAGCAGAGCAAUGUGCAGCCCCCCGCUGGCAGGCCCCAGGGGAGGGCCCGAGAGUUCGCCAUCCAGCAGAGUAACCUCCGCAUGAGGGGGACCAGCUUGGCCGAGUGCAGAAGUCACAGCAGUCCCCGCCUCUGGCCCCACACGACACCUCAGGGAAGGCCUCGCCCCCGAGGAUCGCUGGCUUGCCCAUCCUCCAGCCUGAGCCAGUCCGGGCUGCUGGCCACAGAUACCCCCGGCCCAGACAUCCAGCCUGCUGCAGGCUUUGGUCCUUUCAAUGGGCACACGCAGCCAGGCUCCAGACCCUGGUGUGGCCUGGGGAGCUGGCCCUCGAGGCUCAGGGGGAAGCCCCUCACCCUGGAAGACCUGACUGUCCCUGUCCAGAGCCAGGCUCGGACCCCAUCCCAACCUGCCAUCCACCAGCUGCUGGCCUCCAUGCGACACCUGGAGCGUGCGGUCGCCCAUCUCAGGUGGCAGGCAUCCCAGGAACCCAGCGAUGGCCAGGCACUCCCUGCCCACCCCCAGCCCAGCCAACCUGUUCUUGCUUCCUGGGAUGGGAGGAGGAAACACCUGCCAGGUCUCUGGGAAACUGUGGAUUUCCCAGAGGCACAAGGGACCCAGGCUGGCCUCUCAGACUCUCCGGCAAGCAGGAAGCCUGCGUCCCUGGAGACUACGCUGGGGAUCCUUACUGGGGAUUUCCUUGACCCUAAGCAGGGCGUCCGUCUGGCCAACCCCCUGAGGCAAGGAGAGAACUUCUCCCCAGGGCCGACAUACUGCAGUGGGCAGAGGGGAGACCCCCAGAUCCCUCGAGGGGCGGGCAGUAGGGAGGCCAGACUCUGCUCUUCGGCCCACUACCAUGCUGCCCGGGGUGGUCAACCCGGGCGGGAAGGAGGGGAGGUGACUCUGCAGAAGCAGGUCAGCAAGGAGGAAGAGAGGACAACUUCCUGCCCACCGGAUGCAGCCCCAGCAAGGAGCACCGUGCAGGAGAAAGCCCAAAACGCAGUGAGCCUGGAGUCCGAGACAGCCUGCCGGCUGCGGCUGUCCAGAUGUUUCAGAGCCUGGCAGCACUUGGUGCAGAAACGGCGAGCAGUGGCCGCAGCAGAGGCACUGGGCCCCCGGCAGCCGCUGCGCCGAAGCCUGUGGGCGCUUCGCCGGGCACCGUGGCACCGGGAGGCCCAGCUGGAGGCAGUGUGGAGGCGACACACUCAGGCCCUGCUGGCCCAGAGCUUCCAAAAGUGGAGAAGCCAGACUCUGCAGCAGAAGCAGGGGCAGCCCCAUGUCCAGGCUGGGCCAGGACCCCCACCCUCUGGGGCAGGACAAGGUCAAGUUCCCUCAAGAAGGGAGCCAGUGGUGGACCCCACCAGGAGAAGCAGUCCAGGGAGUCCAAGGGAGGAGGCAGGAGCCUGGCCGAGACCAGCUGGAGGCAAUGGCGUAGAGCGGAUGCCGCAGGCCUUACAGCAACUGGCCGUCUUCCUCUUGUGGUGCCAUGAGAAGGAAUGGGCCAGGCAGGAGAAGGGGGUCCAGGGAGAGGUCUCCCAGGUCACACUGAGGACUCAGAGGAGGGGGAGACACCCCCAAGCCUGGAGCUCUCCUGCUGCAGACGCGCCCAGGGAGGCCUCACUGGACACUCAGCAGCGGGGAGCCUGGCUCUGCAGGUGCUUUGGGGCCUGGCAGCAGUUUGUGCAUAGAGCGGCCCAGUACCGGGCCCACCUGGCUCACCGCCGGGCAGGGACCCUGAGGACGUGUCUGCAACAGUGGGUACAGAUGAACCGGCUCCGGGCCUCAGAUGGAGCGAAGGUGACCCAGCUGGCCCUCUGCCGCCGGAAGGCGGGGAAUGUGGCUCUCUGCAGCUCAGCCCCUGGAGUGGCCACAGCACAUGACCUGGGGGUAGUGGCUCGGGCCCAGGGGCGGCCCCCAGAGCAAGGCAGGGACUCCCUGCAGGAAGCCUGCCAGACACUGGCCCUGCACCGGGCGCUGCUGAUCUGGAGGACGCGGUUCUCCCAGCACCAGAGGGCUGACUCCUUCCUCCGGGGCACACGGCAGCAGCAGAUUCAGGGUAUCCUGAGGGCGUGGCACUUGAAGGCAUGCGGUCUGAGCACCCCGUCAGACAGUGCCAGGACCACCUUGCCCCCGGAGCCCCUGGGCGGCAUCCCGGGAGGGGAGCCGCUGCUGGGCUGCAGCCCGCCCCGAAGCUCACUAGAGAAGGUGAGGGGCAGAGGAUGGGAAGGGGCUAGGGCGGGUAGGGGGCAGGUGGGAGGAAAGAGUGGGGACGGGGCAGGGGCCCGGGGAUCACGGACUCCAUCCUUCCUUCCCCAGGCUUCCAGGGCCCCCGCCUUCUUGGAGACCCUCCAGCUGAGCUUUCUGUGGGCAUCUGGGCAGAGGCUGAAGGCACGGUGCCUUCUGCUGUGGCAGGUGCGGGCCCAGCGGUCCCGGGGUGCAGCAAGGUGGCACCGAUGUACUCUUCAGAGGCGCAUCCUCCUCGGCUGGAGCCACUGGGCCACAGCCCAAGGGGCCCAGAGAGAGCUGGCUGUUGGCUGGGCCUGGGACCGGAGCUGCAGGGCCGCGCUGGGCUUGUGGCGGAGGCGGCUGGCGCAGGGGCGAGAGGUGGAGCAGUGGGUUCGGGCACGGCGCCGCACGCUGCUUCGAGGCGCCCUGCACCGCUGGCACUCCUGCUGGCAGAGUGAGUCAGGGGCUGGGUCCGGGUCACUGAGGGCGAGGGAAGGGCCAGGUCCAUCGGGGAGACCCAGGUAUUUUCAAGAAAUGAAAAAUGAGUUGGGUUGGCCUGGUCAUCACAGGACACUUGUAACCGAAGCAUUUAAAUCCAGAUGGUUAGGGGGCCUCCUCUGUCCCUGCUUGGGUCGAGCGCAAAGGGCUAGCCGAGGAGGGGCCCACAGUUACCCAGGGCAGAGGGGCAAGGCUGGGAUGAACGCCCGGGGCCAUCUCAGCCUUUCUCUGGCCACAGGGCAGCAGGCCCUGCAUGCAAAGUACCAGAGGUGGGUACAGGUCCAUCUCCAGGCCCUGAGGAGGUCCGUGUUCCGGGACUGGCAGCGGGCAGCAGCUCGUCGGAGACACCCAGUGAACCCCCCAGAGCAGCUUCUGCACAGUGGGCUGGUGAGAGGAGACCAGGCCUGGCUGGAGGAGACUGUCUUCCUCUUGUGGUGCCAUGAGAAGGAAUGGGCCAGGCAGGAGAAGGGGGUCCAGGGAGAGGUCUCCCAGGUCACACUGAGGACUCAGAGGAGGGGGAGACACCCCCAAGCCUGGAGCUCUCCUGCUGCAGACGCGCCCAGGGAGGCCUCACUGGACACUCAGCAGCGGGGAGCCUGGCUCUGCAGGUGCUUUGGGGCCUGGCAGCAGUUUGUGCAUAGAGCGGCCCAGUACCGGGCCCACCUGGCUCACCGCCGGGCAGGGACCCUGAGGACGUGUCUGCAACAGUGGGUACAGAUGAACCGGCUCCGGGCCUCAGAUGGAGCGAAGGUGACCCAGCUGGCCCUCUGCCGCCGGAAGGCGGGGAAUGUGGCUCUCUGCAGCUCAGCCCCUGGAGUGGCCACAGCACAUGACCUGGGGGUAGUGGCUCGGGCCCAGGGGCGGCCCCCAGAGCAAGGCAGGGACUCCCUGCAGGAAGCCUGCCAGACACUGGCCCUGCACCGGGCGCUGCUGAUCUGGAGGACGCGGUUCUCCCAGCACCAGAGGGCUGACUCCUUCCUCCGGGGCACACGGCAGCAGCAGAUUCAGGGUAUCCUGAGGGCGUGGCACUUGAAGGCAUGCGGUCUGAGCACCCCGUCAGACAGUGCCAGGACCACCUUGCCCCCGGAGCCCCUGGGCGGCAUCCCGGGAGGGGAGCCGCUGCUGGGCUGCAGCCCGCCCCGAAGCUCACUAGAGAAGGCUUCCAGGGCCCCCGCCUUCUUGGAGACCCUCCAGCUGAGCUUUCUGUGGGCAUCUGGGCAGAGGCUGAAGGCACGGUGCCUUCUGCUGUGGCAGGUGCGGGCCCAGCGGUCCCGGGGUGCAGCAAGGUGGCACCGAUGUACUCUUCAGAGGCGCCGCUUUCAGGCCUGGUGUGGAGCUGUGAGAGACACAGGGGUGGUCCCGGUGACGGGAGCCGUUCAGGAUGGCCCGAGAAAGGCUGUGGGGGCCACAUCUGCUAUGUGGCAGGAUGCCCGAGCAGCCAAGGCCUGGGCAUGGGAGCAGCGUGUGGCCCGGGCCUCCGUGGUCCGCUGGAGGAGCCACGCGCACGGGGGCCGGGCGGACAGGCAGCUGAGGAGGGCCCGGGCCCAGCAGGCCUUCAUAGUGUGGCGAGCAGCUCUGGGCCGGCGCUGCAAGGCCCACCAGCUGGCAGAAGAGAGACCGGCCCUGUGCGGGACACAGUGGGUGCACGAGUCCCGCCCACGCCGGGUCAGCCGAGCCCGUGCUGCCCAGAAGCUGAGCGCCAGGGUCCUAGAAGCCUGGGCGCGGUUAGCAGCCAGGGGCCGUGUCCAGCGAGCCUCCAUCACCCAGUUCCAGCAGGCUGGGUCCAGACGCCUCCUGUGGACCCACUGGGCCCAGUGGCAGGCAGCGCUCCUCAGUAUGCAGUUGGAACCGCAGGCGGAGGCCCGGGAUGCCCCCAAGGUUGACGUCAGGCAGUGGCCCAGGGUGGCCAGCGGAGGGCACGUCCUAGCGCUGAUGCACACUCCAGCCCCGUGGAAGCAGACCCACGGCUACGGGACACUGCCCAGCCCAGGCCAGCACCACAGCCACAGUGGACAGAGGAAGCAGAGAGAAAUGUCCUGGGCUCAGAGUGACAAAGGGCCCCCUCUCCGGUGGCAAUGGCCUGGAUGCGCCAGCAGGGUGCAAGGCCAGCCCCCUACGAGACCAGGAGGGGACUGUAGCUCUGAGGCUGGAGUCUUCAAAGGCCCAGGCGAGGCCACUAAGAGAGGGCUAGGGAGGAAAUACCUACAGCACUGGCACCGUGAGGCGCUGCUCCGCCGGCUCCAGGGCUCCCAGCGCGCCAGGUGCCUGGCAGCUACGUGGCAGCACUGGGUAGACGCUCAGGGCGCCGAGCAGCUGGCAAGGACGCUGCUGAGGCAGUGGCACCUGCAGCGGGCCUGGCGUGUGUGGCGGCGGCGGGUCCUGCGGCUGUGGGUGGCUCAGCGAUUACAGCAACAAGAAGGAGCUCGGGUCCUUGCCCAGGCCUUUGAAAAGUGGCGCAAGCACCUGGCAGCCAGGGGCUGGAAGAGAGGAGCCACCAGCGGCCUGAUACCCCUGAGCCAGGCAGGCAUCAGGAACCCUGGGAGCAGGCUGGAAGCUGCUGGAACUCGUGUGUGUGGUGGACUUGGUGUGGAGCAGGGGACCCAGCUGCAGCUGUGACUUGUUCCCAUGGAAAGAAAAACAACACUGGCCCCGGCCUCCCUGAGGAAGGAACCAUGCCCCACCCAUCAGGGCAGUGCAGGCCCAAGCCACCAGGCACUCAUCCCAUGGGCUGGUGACAGAGGGGCCGGCUCUCUGAGCUCUGAAGGACAAUAAAA